GAUAUUUCUAGAUAUUCUUUGUCAUUUCAGUCCUUUCCAUUUCCUAGUAUACCAAGAAUCAGUAAGGAUGAAAUCAAACAUUCUUUUUUUUUUUCAAGAUACGUGAUUCUCCCUUUUCACUUAAACUACUGCUGAUAGCUAGCUCCUGACGAAAUUAUGCAUAAUCUCUUCAGUCCAACCUUGUACAGAGAGAGAAGCAUAGUUUGUCGUGUAUUUUCCACUUUAAUCCUCCAAAAUCUAGGAACAAUAUAUUGUUUACUUAUUUAAAAAAAACAAAAUAGAUUUUCUAUAAAUGUAUCAAGCAGGUGGUACUUGGGCCUAGGGUGGUAUAAAAUGCAGGUGCAGUCACUAAAAAUAAAUUCCCCAGGAAGUAAAAUUUUAGGCCCAAAGCCAAUGCAUAAAAAGUCUAGGAACAGUUUGUAAGAACCCACUGGCCAUGUCUAAUUUGUAUCCAUGUUGUUAUACUUUAACUUUUUAAUUCAUUUUACUGUAUCCAAUAGCAUUGAACACGCCAUAAUAUCAGAGGUUGAGUGUGAGAAGUGUGCUCUAACACCGAGUCACCUUUUCCCUUCUCUUAGGAUGUGAUGAGAUUUGUAAAUCCAGGCUCUAAAACAUGAUCUAUUAAUGUUUUAAUGAAUAUUUAUUCACAAAUGUUGCAGCAAAAAUUAAAGUAAUGUACCUUUAAAUUCAGCAUUUCAGUUUUGGACUAUAGAAACAUUAUUAAUACACUCUUAUGGGUUGUAUCUUAAAUGUGGCAGACAUUUUUAUAAAAUAAAAAAAUAAGAUGGCAUUUUAAUAGCUUUAUGGUACUUGUAAAAAUGUGACUCCUACUUCACAUUAUGUUAUAAAUAUUAAACCUUAUUAACUUUUCUUGCUUAACUGGAUUUUUUUCUUUGUGUUUUAAGCAUUGCUUUAAUGUCUGCUCUAUGUAAUAAAAAUAAACAGUUUCUUGAACUGCAAAAUUCUCAAAUCAAGGUUAUUUCCAACUUUCUGCUUAAACUGUUUUUUAUUUUAUUAAAAUAAUAACUUUUUUGCUAAAUUUUUAAACUGGUGAAACAGAAUAUAUUUCAUUUGACAAGGUAUUUAAUGUAAUAUGCAUGGAAGAUUUUAAGUGAAAUUAAACAAUUGAAAAAGUGUAUGUGAAGCAGUACUGUGUUUUGCAACAUAUUUUUCUUAUACAUUUUAAAUAUUUCCUUAAUAUAAUUUUCAAAUUUUGUGUGAGUCGAUUUGGCUGGAGUGGGAAAAAAACAGAUGACAUUUUGUUGCCUGUGAUGAAACAGCUCAAUGCUCAUCAGACCCAGCUGCGCAUUGACUCUUUCUUUAGGCUGGAACAGCAUGAGAAGCAAGCUAUUAAAAGUCAACGUUUGCGCCGAGCAGUCACUUGCCUUAAAAGAAAAAAAUGGGAAGACAAGGUUGAUGAUGAGGAGGUGGAGGAGGAUUAUGAGCAAACAGAGAAGGCAAAGAAGUCUGCCAUCAUAGAAUGUCACAGCAAAACUGAAAUCAAAAGAAAAGAGAGAAAAACAAAGGAGAAAAAAUCAUCUUUAAAUCUCAUGAAUGAAAAGAUCAUAAAUCCUGAAGAAAAUACAUUGUUUGGUGGUGGAUUCCUAGUUUCUUCUUCUCAGGAUCUAGGUGUGGAUAGCUGUGAGGGACAAGUAUCUGAACCUGUGAAGAAUCCUCAAGGUUCUUCAUUUAUUAGAGGAGAGUCAUUACCAACUAAAAGACACAAUAACACGAACAUAGUCCAUGAUACCCCUAAAACAGUUGGCAGCAGUUCCAGUGAUGAUACAGAUGAAGAUCGUGAACUUCAUUUAGUCUCUGCAAAACCGGUUUUCACCAGCCAAAGAGUUACAUUUUAUGAUCUGUCCAAGCUGUAAAUAUAUUGCAGCAUGGCCUAGAUGUGUCACAGUGCAGCUGUCGAGAUCUGUUAACGUAAGUCAUACACUUCUGGGUAGGCACAACCAUUAAACCUGUGUGGAUAACAAUCAAGGCACUGCAGUGAGAGCCAUCGCAGAACAGGGAAAAAGUCAUAAACAGUUCCGCAUAUCUUCAGAUAAUCAAAGCAAAGCAUCACUGAUAGCUGGCAUGGCAUCCCCAUGGAAGCAUUCGUCAGCACAAGGUAACCACUGUUCCUAUGAUUAUAAUGAUGAAGAUGAAGAAAUGGCAAUAGAAAUUAUGAAGAGACGUUUCACCCCUUCUGUUCUCAAGACUGUUGUAUGGGAAGGCUAUUACUUUGCUGACUGUGAGAUCAGAAUCAAGGAAUCUACAGAUUGUUAUGGGGCUGUGGUGUGGCCUUCAGCUAUGGUGCUUUGCCAUUUCUUGGAAACCAAUCAGGAAAAAUACACUCUCACUGAUAGAAAUGUGAUUGAAAUUGGAGCAGGGACCGGCUUGGUGUCAAUUGUUUGCAGCAUUCUUGGAGCUAAUGUCACUGCAACAGACCUCCCAGAUGUGUUGGGUAAUUUGCAGUAUAACGUUUCCUUCAACACCAAAAACAGAUGUAAGUACUUCCCUAAUGUCAAGGAACUCACUUGGGGGAAGGAGCUGGAGAAGAAUUUUCCUCGUUCAUCCUUUCAUUUUGACUACAUCAUGGCAGCUGAUGUUGUGUACAGCCACCCAUUUCUGGAGGAGUUGCUUGUUACAUUCAAUCACUUGUGUCAUGAUGACACUAUCAUCUUUUGGGCAAUGAGAUUCCGUAUGGAAAAAGAGAACAAGUUUGUUGACAGAUUUCAAAUUUUCUUUGACCUGGAGUUGUUAUGUGAUCUUCCUAGCUUGAACAUUAAAUUAUUCAAAGCUGUACGAAAAAAACAAGAAAUAUCUCUAUAAAGUGAGUGAGUACCUUUGAAUCCAACUCUGGUGUCAUAAAUGACAUUUCAUAGUUGCUUCAUAAAAUAAGAAAAUGGUAGCACUUAAAAUCUGGUGAAUCAAAAGUAUAACCUGUCUUUGAAAUUAAAUUUAUUUAUACAGGAUAUUCCAAAACAUACUGAAGUUGAAUUUCUUGUCCAUAUAUGCUCAUUUGCUUUGUGCCAUUGUGAUUGAUUACAAUUGUAGUGAGUUGUAGUAAGU